AUGCCUUCUUCAAACCUCUUCCGGCGCUUCAAGCUAGGCAGAAUCCAACUCGAGCAUCGCAUCGUUAUGGCUCCUACGACAAGACUUUUCGCAGAUGAGGAUUUCGUCCAAGCGCCGUCCGCGGUAGAACACUAUGCCCAACGCGCCUCUGAAGGUGGUCUCGUCAUCGCCGAAGCUACUGUUGUGUCUCUGGGACUGGGUGGAGGCAAGUCUACUCCUGGUAUCUGGACGCACGCCCAAAUCUCUCGAUGGGCAGAGAUCACUGACGCCGUGCACGCCAAAAAAGCGUACAUCUUUCUCUCAUUGGACUCUCUUGAGCCACUGGCAGAUGCAGCUCUUUCGAAAGGUACAAGAGGUCGCCAGACCAGCGAUUCAAGCGAUGUAUGCUCCAUCGACAGAUGCGACUCACCGUCCGAGCCCCAUACCCACUUCUCAAACGAAGCAGAGAUCAAGUCGACGACUAAAGCGUUCGUCCAAGCAGCGAAAAACGCAAUGGCUGCCGGCUUCGAUGGUGUCGAGAUCGGCGCCAAUGGAUACUUCGUCUACCAAUCCUUACACAGGCACGUAGACAAGUUUGGUGGCCAUGUCGAGGGCCGUGUCACAUUCGCCCUCGAAAUUACAAUCGCGAUCGCAGACGCCAUAGGUGCUGACCGCAUUGGUUUCCGCAUGAAUCCCUCUAGCGCUUUCCGCAUGUCUAGUCUCGCGCCUGAGUUUGCUUCCCUCACUCGAAAGCUUAAAGAACUAAAAUUGGCCUAUAUCCACAUCAUCAAAUCACAUGCAAUCACGAACAUCANNGAAUGCGACAAGUACGAAGGUAUCAAACCUUUCCUUGACGUUUGGGCUCGGUCCUCGCCCGUCCUCAUAGCUGGAGACUUCACGCCAGAAUCAGCCAGAAGCGCCCUUGACAUCGAGUAUCCCAAUAGCGAUGUUGCCCUUGUUUUCGGUCAAUAUUACCUCGCAGUGCAAGAAGCAAAAUUCGCAGACGAUAACCCGCUUGGCUUCGAGCUCACGGAGCUCAGAAGCUUUAAUGCCAGCUUUNACACUGGUUUCGUAUGA